AUGCUUGAUCAACACCCUGUGUCUUGGUCUAAGAAUGGUAUCAUUGCAUACAGCGACUCUAAUUCGACAAAAGGUAACUUAUGUAUAACCUUUUUAGAAAAUAUUAAUGGUAGUAAUUGGAGAUUUCAUCCACCUGCAAAAUAUGUGAUACACCCUCAAUUACAUGAAAUUUCAACAAAUAGUGGAAAUAAGAAACUAGCUUCUAGCGGCAGCAAUACAACUACUGCUACAGCUGUAGCUACAGUCGGAAGCUCUACCACUGCAGGUAGUAGUGGUUCUCCUCCUCAAUCUACAACAACUUCAAAUGGAACCUCAUCGAAUAGUAAAUCAAGCAAUCAUUUCUUUUAUAACAUUACCUCGAUUCACUGGAACAACUGGUUUAGUCUUCCAGGGGAUAUGCUAGCUGUUUGUGAUGAACUAGGUAACAUGACUAUGCUGAUAGCAGGACAAAGUCCAGAAGGGGCCACCACGUUUGAAAAAUUGACUAUGCUGUUUCAAGAUAAUAUUUAUAAGAUCCAUAACCAUGUAGCACCUUUAACACAACAGAUUGAUAAAGAAUCUGAGUUUAAGAUUGAAAGGAAACACACAAAAAAAGAAUAUAACACCCGUAUUUUAGAUUUCCAUUGGUUGAGUUCCUCAAAGAGUAUCAUUAUAUCCCAAUUUUGUGCAUUUGACUCAACGUCUAAUGUUUAUAGAAAUAAGGCACUUCAAAUAGCCCCAAGUGGUGUCUUUUAUCCUCCAUUUAUGAAAUAUGCUUGUAUGGCUGUGAGAAGAAAUGGUCAACUAGAUUUUUGGUAUCAAUUUUCAAACUCUAAGGAUCAUAAAAAGAUUAAUUUACAUCUUUUACCCUCUCAAAACCAAAGACUUAAAGAAUUGGACUGGUUCCAAUUUGCCAGAAUUACUCCUAUGAAGGAUGAUCAAAGUAUACUUGUUAGCGGAUAUUCGAAGAUAACAAAGAAGAUAUGCUUCUAUAAAGUAUUAGUUAACUGGAAUACACCUAGUGCGAACAAGAACAAUGCAUUAAAUGAUCCAACACUGAUUGUAACACCAAUUUUGGAAGUUCCACUUUCCACAAUUGACGAUGAAGGAAGAGUAUUGAAAUUUUACGAUCUCGUCGUCUUAUCGAAGACAGCAAUUGAUAAAGACACAUCAGCAGAAGUUCUUGUUGUUUAUCAUAUAUGUGGUACUCAGAAGACAUUAAUAAAGAGAUUUAAAUUGAUGAAUUCUUAUCUGACCAUGGAUUUCUUAAGUGUUUUGAAACCAGGUAUUGAAUCAAUCAACGGUGGGAAUAUGCAACCAAUAAAAUCGAAACAUUAUACGUUACGUCAUGGACAUGAUAUAUUUUUGGACAAGAGAGUCUCAAAUAUCACUACUGAAUUGUUGGAUAAUUUUGUGACAUUUUUUUAUGAUAAUGGUAGUGUUGAUGUAUUUAAUCAAAAUGAUUGGAAUAAAGAAAGAGAAAGAAUUAAGUCCCAAAAUAAUAAAUCUAAAUUUUUGAAUGUAAUGACUUCUGCAUUAAGUACAGGUUUGAGUUUUAGAAAUAUACCAUUAUCCAGUGCUAUUGAAUGGGUAAGAUUAAGUCCGACAAUGACGGGUAUUAUAUAUAAAUUAAAGACAGAUAAUGUUCCAAGGUUUUCUACUUUAACGAGGUCGGACCUAACAGAUGCUUCCAUGGAUGAAUUAGAUGCCAUUGCAUUUGCGUUCACAUUCGUCAAUAGUACACAUCGGCAAUUAUCUGCAGAGGAUCUCUCUGUGGCUUGUAAAUCACAUAUUAUAAAUUUGUCAGAAAUUAGUGAGGAUAGAGCUAAAGACUUUAUAAUGACAUUGAUGUCUAACUUAUACCCAUUCUUUAAUGUUUCUCCAGAUGCUCCUAAGGACAUAAUGGAUAAGAUGAUAUCUAGUAGACCAAUUCAAAAGAUAAUGUUAUUGCAGCUUGAACUUGGUACUAGACUCAAGGAUGAAAGAAUAGCACAAAUGGCAAGGGUUAUUUUAUAUUUGAAAAAUGUUUUAUUUGCAUUCAAUGGUGUAGCACGAAAUUUACAGUUUGCUAUUGAACAAAUGAAUAAUGGGAAUUCAAAUGCGUCCACCAAAAUGUUUCAAACAUUGUUCUCCAAACAAGAUCUGAUUUAUUCUUUGAUUCCUAUCGCCAAUUGGUUUGUUAAAUUUGUUACAUUUUUAAUACAAGAGGUGUUGUUGCUUGUUAAUAACCCAUCUGAAAGUAAGAAUACUUUGGUACUAGGUGUCUUUGGAGCUAAAAUGCCUCGUCAAUUAAUAUUAUCUGUAUUAAAUGAAAUAAAAAAGAUAAUGCAAAUAAUAUCCAAGUUUCCAGAAACUACAUAUCCUGUGUUGAAUGAAUCUUCUACAUAUUUACGUAUGGUAUUGAGUGACACACCUGUCAACUUUGAAAAGUUUGAGACAUUCUUGGUUGAUGUGAAUAAUAAAUUUACAGCAUUUAGUGAACAGCAACCAGCAUCGGAGAAGGAUAAUAUCUUAAAGAGAGAAUAUUCAUUGUUAAUACAAGCUGAGGUUCCGCCUUCUCAUGCUAGAAUUUCUGAUUUCCUAGUAGCCUAUUCAUGUAAUGCAGUUAUUUCUCAUAUCAAGCCGUCCGAUGUCUACUUUACAGAUACUACGGGAUUGAGAUUAACAGAUACAGAAUUUUUAGAAGCAGAUUUCUCCCAUCUGUUACAACCUCUGUCCAAGGGGGUUGUGGUAAAUCUUUUAUCAGAUGAUCAGAAUUCGUCUAAAAGAUUCAGUCAAAUGAUAAUCGAUGGUGUUACGUAUGAUAAAUUUAGUCCUAAAGAACUUGAAAAUGGCAAGAUGAAGCGUUGUAGUAGGUGUGGUGCAGUUACAAGAGCAGGCUAUGUUAUCGCAGAGGAUAAGACCAUUGUCCCAACCUCGAUCCAUACUAAGAGAUGGCCUACCAUGUAUACCCGUACAUGUAUAUGUUCGGGUAUGUUGUAUGAAUUACAGCAUUAA